GCAGCUUUGAGCGCAGCAGAUGCUUCAUCACACCAGCCACUGGAUGCCUUUCCAAGCAGGAGAAAGCUGAUCUCCGGCCUGUAGCUGAGGGUGAACCUCUGAGAAGCGGAUGAAGAAACAAAUCUUACUACGUUUCACAUACAGAGGACUAGUCAGCAAAGGAAAAAAGAGCAAAAGAAGAAAAUGGCCAAUUUUAUAUUACGGAAAGCCGAGCCCAAGGACGUGUCUGACAUACUGCGACUCAUAAAGGAACUGGCAAAAUUUGAGGAAAUGGAAGAUCAAGUUAUUCUUACUGAGAAAGAUCUGCUGGAGGACGGGUUUGGAGAUCAUCCGUUCUAUCACUGUAUCGUGGCUGAAGUGUCCAAACAGCACCAGAGCGCCGACGGUCAUGUGAUCGUUGGCUUUGCCAUGUAUUAUUUCACCUAUGACCCCUGGAUUGGGAAACUGCUCUACUUGGAGGACUUCUACGUCAUGAAGGAGUUUCGGGGUUUUGGAAUUGGGUCUGAAAUCCUGAAGAAACUGAGUCAGACGGCGGUCAGGACUCGGUGCAGCAGCAUGCACUUCAUCGUGGCGGAGUGGAACAAACCCUCCAUCGACUUCUACAAGCGGCGCGGAGCGUCUGAUCUCUCGCUGGAGGAAGGGUGGAGGCUCUUCAAGAUCGACAAGCAGAACCUGCUCAAGAUGACCGAUGAGGAGUGAACCGGACGUCAGGAGGAAACCCACUGCAGAAAAUCAUUCAAUCUAUGAUCGACCCUCUAGUGCUGGUGUCCACUGAAGUGGACAGAUCUUCAACAACAACAAAAAAAGUCAUUUUGAAUCCUUCAAGGUGUGAUGUUACAUCCAAAACCUUUAAUUCUUACCCAUAAUUCGACAGCCCCCUUUAUAUGUCAUUGAUAGUCCACUACUAUCUUCAGAUGUGUAAUUUCCUUAAAAUAUGUAGUUUUGAAAGAUUAUAUUCUUGUUUUGAAGUACAAAUAUACAUUAAGAUAUCCUUUGUGGUUUAAUAAUUCAUGCAUCAGAGACUUUCUGCUUAUAACGCAAUGUACUGAUCUUUAUAUAGACGUGGCAUAUUUACUUCUCUGUAUACUUAAAAUUAUACUAUUCAAAUAAAAUGUUUAAAUUGAACAUA